UCAUGAUCGACGUAGUAAUAAUACUAAAAGAAUAAAACAAUUAAUUAGAUCCAUAAAUAGUACCAAACCCCAAUAAAAAAAAGCCAAUCUCAAAUCCCGCAAAUCACUUCUCAAAGCUUAACAAACUCUCCCCAAAGAAAAAGAGAGAAAAGCACAAAAAAUCAAUGAUCCAGAAUCUCGAUUUUCCGGUGGGUCGGGCCUGUCGGCACCUCCUCUGCGCCGCCCUGCUCCUCCUCCUCCUCCCGCCACCCCCCGCCGCCGCCUCCGGAAAUUGCACGUGUGAGCCAGAGGCCGCGGAGUACCGGGACAAAUCCCUCGCCACCAAGUACAAGGCCGCGGCGAUCGCCUCCAUCCUGGCGGCGGGGGCCGCCGGCGUAUGCCUCCCGGUGGUCGGGAAGCGGGUCCCGUCGCUGAGCCCAGAGAGGAACAUGUUCUUCGUGGUGAAGGCCUUCGCCGCCGGCGUCAUCCUGGCGACGGGGUUCAUCCACGUGCUGCCGGACGCCUUCGAUAGCCUGACCUCGCCGCACCUGACCGGCCCGUGGGGGGAUUUCCCGUUCGCCGGGUUCGUCGCCAUGCUGGCGGCCGUCGGGACGCUGAUGGUGGACACGUACGCCACGUCGUACUACCGGCGGCGGAUGGCGAGGAAGACGGAAGCCGUGGGAGGGGGAGGUGACUGCAAGGAGCUUCCGGUGCACACGCACGCCGGCCACGGCCACGCGCACGGGGCGGCGGCAAUGGAAGCCGGCGGCGAGGGCGAGCUCCUCCGUCACCGUGUGAUUUCCCAGGUGUUGGAGCUGGGAAUCAUAGUCCACUCUGUGAUAAUUGGUGUUGCUUUGGGUGCUUCUGAAAAUCCUAAAACAAUAAGGCCUCUAAUUGCUGCUUUGACCUUUCACCAGUUCUUUGAAGGUCUAGGGCUUGGAGGAUGCAUAGCUCAGGCGAAAUUCAAUGUGCGUUCGGUGGUAAUGAUGACGCUUUUCUUCUCGAUAACGACGCCUGCGGGUAUCGCCAUAGGCAUCGGCGUAAGCAACAUGUACAACGAGGAAAACCCGAAGGCACUCAUAGUCGAGGGGGUUUUCAAUUCGGCUUCGGCAGGAAUUCUCAUCUACAUGGCCCUUGUGGAUCUUCUUGCUGCUGAUUUUAUGAACCCUAAAUUGCAAAACAAUGGGAAACUGCAAAUGUUGGUUAAUGCCUCACUUCUCUUUGGGGCUGGCUGCAUGUCUCUUUUGGCCAAGUGGGCUUAAUUUUGGUGACCUAUAUUUGGGCUUGCAUGUCCAUCAUAUAAUAUGGUUAAUAACUAUAUAUGUAUAUCCUUUUUUUUCANUAUUAUGGGUUGGUUACAAGAAGAAUUGUGAGGAGUGUGGUUUGACAUUCUUGUUUAGCAGGGGCGUAGCCAGGAUUCAAACUUUACUUAGGCUAUAAUUAUUUUACUUAAAUAUG